UGCGAAAACAGUCUCCAGGUUGCAUCCAUGAUUCGUCCGCAAAUGCCGAGUGAGGUCAUCGACAUGUGCCACGUUUGUACUUCUGUAGCUCCUGGUGAGCCACAAAUAUGGCUUGGAAAUGACAAGGCAUUUACUUUUGAUCAAGUUUUUCCCAUGACAACAAAACAGGAAACUGUGUACAAUUCCUGCAUUAAAGAUCUUAUUGAUGGGUGUUUGAAAGGUUAUAAUGCUACAAUACUGGCAUAUGGUCAAACCGGAUCUGGCAAGACUUACACCAUGGGAACCGGGUUUGACGUUUCGGUUUCUGAGGAUGACAAAGGCAUCAUUCCUAGAGCUGUCCAUCACUUAUUUGAUGAAAUGGCAAGACAACAAAAUGAAGCACAAAAUAAUAAUGUGACUCCCCCAAGUUUCCAAGUUCUUGCUCAGUUUAUGGAGCUGUACAAUGAAGACAUUAUUGAUCUCCUUGAUCCGGUGAGGGAUGGAGAUGUCAAAAACAUGAAAAAAUGUGUUAAAAUUCAUGAAGAUGUUGAUGGCCAAAUAUAUACAGUUGGGCUUACAUCUCGUUCUGUUACUUCAGCUGAUGAGGCUCUUCAAUGCCUUAAAAUUGGUGCUCUAUCUCGAACAACUGCCAGUACAAAAAUGAAUUCUCAGUCGUCUAGGUCACAUGCCAUGUUUACGUUACUCAUGAAACAACAAAGAAUAAUACAAUUUGAGCCAGCAGAAGAUGAGGAGAAGUCUGAAAACUUGGAAGAAUUUGAAUCUUUAUCGGCUAAAUUAAACUUUGUGGAUCUAGCUGGAUCUGAAAGGCUUAAAAGAACUGGUGCAACAGGUGAAAGAGCUAAGGAGGGCAUUUCUAUCAACUGUGGUCUUCUUGCUCUUGGAAAUGUAAUAUCAGCAUUGGGGGAUAAAACUAGAAAAGCCACCCAUGUUCCAUACAGAGAUUCCAAGUUAACUAGACUUAUACAAGAUUCCUUGGGUGGGAAUAGUCAAACUCUGAUGAUUGCUUGUGUAUCGCCCUCUGAUCGUGACUUCAUGGAGACAUUAAACACUCUAAAAUAUGCCAACCGAGCCAAAAAUAUUAGAAAUAAAAUCAGUAUUAAUCAAGAUAAAUCUAGUCAGACAAUAUCUUUACUUCGAAGAGAGGUUCAGCAGCUUCAGCUGGAAUUGAUGGAGUACAGACAGGGUAAACGCCUGAUAGAUGGUGAUGGAGAAGAAAAAAUAAAUGAUAUGUAUCAUGAAAAUAUGUUCCUUCAAUCUGAAAAUGAUAACUUAAAAUCUCGCUUAAAGGCUUGUCAAGAAACUUUAGACCAUCAAACAAAAAGAUUAACAGAGCUCCUGGCUGAAAAAGCGGUUGGUGGCUGGGUCAAUGGAGAAAAUUCCACUCAACCUGAUAUGUCUGAUGUUGUUAAGGGAUAUUUGAUGGAAGUUGAAACCCUAAGAGUAAAACUACUUGAAGCGGAAGAAACCUGCUCACAGCUGCGGAAACAGCUCCAAAGGCAUCAAUCCCGCUUAUCUUUUGGCAGCCCUCAGCCAAUUUCUAUGAACGAUCAUAUGUUUAGAGUUACUGCUGAGUCUCCGUUUGAACUGAUAAAUGAAGCGAAAGAAGAAAUAAGAUUAAUGAAUAAACAAGUCAGAGCUUUGAAACUUGAUAAACCAGUAGAAAAUGAUUGUAAAGAAGAAUCGAACCAAGUGAAUGAUGAUGAGAAGGAGAAAGAAGAUAUCCCUGAAGAUGCAAACAAUAAGAUGAAUGGUGAUAUACAACUAAAUGGUGAUAUAGAAGAUGAAGAUGAAGACAGCUGUGAUGAUUCAGAUUCUGAAGAAAAGAGCUCUACUGAAACUUAUAGUGGAGAUUUAGCACAGUUGACGCAUGAUAUUUCAAUAAAGCAAAAGUUAAUUGAAGCUUUGGAACAAAGUCAUCAAAGACUAAGACAGAUGAGGCAUCAUUAUGAAGAAAAACUUCAGCAAUUAGAGCAGAAAAUAAAGGAUACCGAAAGUGAAAGAGAUCGUGUUUUGGCGAACCUGAGCUCUAAAAGAGGAAACAAAUCAGAAGAAAAAGUUAAAAAGGUGAAAGAAGAUUUCGAAAAGAAAUUGAACUCCUUGCAAGGCGAAUUGAAGAAAAUGCUGGUUAUAAAGAAAGAACACGUCAAAGUAAUGAGAAAUCAAGCCCAAGCUGAGAGACAAGUUCAGCAGCUGAAAAAUGAAGUGACUGAAAUGAAAAAAACGAAAGUAAGACUGAUCAAUAAGAUGAAAGAAGACACCCAAAGGCACUUAAAAGCUGAACAGAGGAGAAAUAAAGAAAUAGCGCAGCUGAAGAAACAAGGCCGCCAGAAAGAAAAUCAAAUACGUUCUUUAGAGGCUGAAAAACGGUUAAAAGAAAAUGUUUUGAAGAGAAAGCAAGAGGAAUUGAUGGCUUUGAGAAAAUCUGCUAAGCCUAUGUCGGAUCGUGUAGCGGGAAGAGUGCCUCAAAAUAAGGAUAUGACCUAUGUAAUUAAUCGACGGGAUCCAUAUUUUUCUCCAAAAGUUGCAAAAUCCAGGUGGCAAACAGUUGAGAAAUGUAUUAACCAGCUAGUAAUAAGCAAGCAAAGUGUUAGCUGCACUGAAAAUGAAAUGAACCGUUACUUAACAGAAAGAGAACGUUUGACUCGAAAAUUAGAACACUUAAAACGGAAAAGAAAUGCAGCAAUUUUAGAAAAAAAAAGCCAAGAUAUAAUUCAAGAUUAUGAGGACAACAUGGAAACAUUAAAAGCAAAUAUAGACUAUUGCCAAGAAAAUAUUGCUGAGUGCCAGUCUACCAUCGUACAAGUAGAAGAGGCAAAGUUGGAUAUUGAUUUGGUUGACAUUGAACAGUUUGUGUCGAGCCUUCCUGUUCAAGAAACAAGAUAUAUGUUGGCUAAAGCCCUUAAUAUGGCAAUUAAUCAGACACUGCAACUGUUCCAAAAGGAUGCUGCCAUGAAAGAAGUGAAUGCCAAAUUGGAGCAAUCUGCGAAUAACACCCAGAUGCAUAUGCAGCUCCUUGAACAGCUCGUAAGAGACGGGGAUACUGAAAUCAUUGACUAUAUUAUGGACGAAGAUCCAGUGUCUGAGAGUCUUCCUAGUUCAAGAUCCAGUUCACCUGUCGAUAGCAGUGUCUCAGAAGUCACAGACUGUUCUAAAGGCAAUCAAAACUGUUCUAAAGAUAAGCACAGAAAAACUGCAUUGCCUGCAGAAUUAUUAGAUACAGAGGUGAAACAAACGAAUCUUGUGCCAGCUGGAUCUUGUCCCUCUGUUGUAGAGCCUAUCGAAAACCCCUCCAUGUCUAGAUUAGCUUGGUCUUUCGGACCAACUUUGCAGCAAGAACUGGAGAUGAACAAGACAUUUACCUUGUCUACCAAUAAUGCCGUAGACCAUGGUAUUGUACGUGUGACAAGUGCUCCUAUAUCCUUGCAAGAUAUGGCAUUAAAUAGAAAGGUGGAGAGAUCCCCGUUAGCUAGACGAAGGACUCACGAAAAGCAGUCCCAUAUGGCUGAUUUCUCUCCUGCUUUCCGCCGCAAAUUUUAUACCAAUGCAAGCGUCAUCCCACUUCCAACGCUUUCACGUCAGAGUUCCACAGAAACGACGGUGUCUGAUAUUACUCCGCCAAGUUCACCAUCAGGCUCCAGAAAAUCGCGUGAGGAUAACGUUUUUAGUAGACUUACAAGUGGAUCUUUUAGGUUGAACAAGCCCGGUAGUGGUGUGAUUGUUCCAUUUUCUUCAAAAAUUCCUAUUCCAAAAAAUUCUCCCCUGAUAUGUACUUCUGUUGCGGAGGGUCACAGCCGAGCUGUUUUAUCUCUGCAUGCUACAGAUGAUGUAUUAUUUAGUAGUUCAAAAGAUAGAACUGUUAAAAUCUGGGACUUAGGCACUGGUAAAGAGAUCCAAAGUCUUGGAGGUCAUCCAAAUUCUGUUGUUGCCGUCAGAUAUAGUGAAUAUUCACGUUUAGCGUUUAGUGUUUCUACUGCAUACAUUAAAGUGUGGGAUGUGAGAGAAAAUCCUUCGAAAUGUGUGCGUACUCUCAGUUCUUCUGGUGCUUCUAAUGAUGGAACUCCUACUUUGAACACUCAGUCCAGAACGUUACAAAUGCCACAAGGUGAAAGCCAAGUCCAUGAUAUAGCUCUCAACAGGUACGGCACUACGCUGUUUUCUGCAGCCAGCAAUUUAGUUCGCAUUUGGGAUCUCAGAACGUAUUCGCCGGUUGGAAAGCUCAGUGGGAGUCUCCAGUCAGCAAUUAUGUGUUUAGCAGUUGACAACACAGAGUCCGACAAUAAUGUAGUUGUCACUGGAUCAAAGGAUCAUUACAUUAAGGUUUUUGAAGUAAAAGAAGGAACUGGCGAGUUGAUUAAUAACAAAAGUUUGAAGCCUCCUCACUACGAUGGAAUCCAGUCGCUAGCCAUCAAUGGGAAUUUCUUGUUUUCUGGUUCUCGAGACAUGUGCAUCAAAAAAUGGAACCUCAAAUCUGGAAAACAUAUUCAGUCCCUGAACCAAGCACACAAAGAUUGGGUUCUUUCUCUGAGCUUCCUCCCAAACAAAGAUGUGUUGAUGAGUGGAUGCCGAGGUGGCUUUUUGAAAUUGUGGGCUUCCGCUUCUACGCAGCUGAUUGGGGAAAUAAAAGCCCAUAGUGCCCCAAUUAAUGCUAUAUCCACCAAUAGUUCGUGUGUUUUUACGGGUUCCAGUGACUGCACAGUGGGUAUUUGGAGACUAAAAAACAACAAUGAUCUUUCCCCCGACAGCAAUGGUUAUGCUUUCCCGUGAACACAUUCAUGGUAUAUCCAUAAUACUAUCA